AUGAGUGAGGUUGAAGUUGUGGAUACCUCGAAUUCAGGCAGUGAAGUUGGGACAGUGCCGGUCACUGGUGUACCCGAGUCACCCGCACUGUAUACGACCGCGAGCUGUACCUCAAUUCCGGUGGAGGUACACUUCUAUUCAAGACCACCUUUUGCACUUAAUUGUUACAAAUUUUUAGUCGGGCUUUGCUUUCCAUACCAAUUGCCUCCAAUCCCUAGCGUCCCUUGCGAAGUCGUGACCGACUCUGCGGGUAAAGGGGCGGUCUGCGUUUAUCAUAUCAUCAAAUGGUUCAAGAAUCAAAUCAAUCAUCUGCCGAAAACGGGCCUAUGGAACGGACUAUACAAUUCGACGAUAGCCCACCCCCAAAACGUCGUCAGAUCCAUCCGUCCAGCCUUCACCCACUCAAAAGACACCGUUUUCUGCACCGCGUGCAAGGAUGCUUUCAGCAAAGAGGCAGUCAAGGCCGACGACUUCCGUCGAAGACGUCGCAAUCAGCAUCACGGGUCAUCCGAGGAUCUCGCCAAGGCAGUCGAACAGGGAUGUUAUUUCUGUAAACGCUUUGCGCGUCACUCUGCGGAUCCGAGCAUUUCGACUGUUCUGAAAGAGGAUCUCAUUCUUCAUCCAAGACCCGAUCCCGUGAGAUUAUUCUUUGCGGGUUCUGAACAGCAUACAGGACGCGCGUGGGGAGAGGAUGAUCUGGAUGACUUGUCUACUACUGAAAAGACUGACGAGAUACUAGAUGACGAGCCACCUGCGCGGUUGAGUCCACGUAUGGACUCGCAAGAUGCUUUCAUAACAAUGCAAAGUGGCUCAAUGACUGCGCUCAUUGAUGCUGGAGACUCAGGUAGUCACUGGUGGAAGGUCAUCACCACCGAGCAUCAUCAAACGCCUGCCAAUUAUGGAGGUUAUCUCACGCUGAGUCACCGCUGGGGCUCUUUGCCAUUCGCACAGCUUACAUCGGACACACUGCCCGCAUUCCAAAACAACACAGCUAUCAAGAGUCUUCCCAAGACCUUCCGCGAUACGAUCGCGCUGGCUCAUCACUUCAAUAUUCGUCAUAUCUGGAUCGACUCACUAUGCAUCCUUUAA